UGGCACUCACUCGCGCCGUCCGCCGCCGAGCAGGCAGCAGCCGCGUCAGGGCCGUCCGGGGGCGCUGCCGGCGAUGCCCGCAGCCCCCGCCGCUCCCAGCCGAGCCUGCUGAGCCGCCCCCGGGCCGGGGCCGCGCCGAGUCUGGCCGGGCCGCGCCCGGGCGGGGCCGCGCUGCCUGCAUGACCCUCCGGCGGCGCGGGAAGAAGGCGACCAUCAGCAUCCAGGAGCAUAUGGCCAUCGACGUGUGCCCCGGCCCCAUCCGGCCCAUCAAGCAGAUCUCCGACUACUUCCCCCGCUUCCCGCGGGGCCUGCCGCCGGACGCCGGGCCUCGCGCCGCUGCACCCCCGGACGCCCCCGCGCGCCCUGCCGCGGCCAGCGCGGGCCGCCGCAGCCCCUCCGACGGCGCCCGCGACGACGACGAGGAUGUCGACCAGCUGUUUGGAGCCUACGGCGCCAGCCCCGGCCCCGGCCCCGGCCGCAGCACGGCGCGACCGCCUGCCAAGCUGCCCGAGGACGAGCCGGACGCCGACGGCUACGAGUCCGACGACUGCACUGCCCUGGGCACGCUGGACUUCAGCCUGCUCUACGACCAGGAGAACAACGCUCUCCACUGCACCAUCAGUAAGGCCAAGGGCCUGAAGCCGAUGGACCACAAUGGGCUGGCAGACCCCUAUGUCAAGCUGCACCUGCUUCCAGGAGCCAGUAAGGCAAAUAAGCUCAGAACAAAAACUCUCCGAAACACUCUGAACCCCACAUGGAAUGAGACCCUCACUUACUACGGGAUCACAGACGAAGACAUGAUCCGAAAGACCCUGCGGAUCUCGGUGUGUGAUGAGGACAAAUUCCGCCACAACGAGUUCAUAGGGGAGACGCGGGUGCCCCUCAAGAAGCUGAAGCCUAACCACACCAAGACGUUCAGCAUCUGCCUGGAGAAGCAGCUGCCGGUGGACAAGACAGAAGACAAGUCCCUGGAGGAGCGGGGCCGCAUUCUCAUCUCCCUCAAGUACAGUUCGCAGAAGCAGGGCCUGCUGGUCGGCAUUGUGCGCUGCGCACACCUGGCUGCCAUGGACGCCAACGGCUACUCGGACCCCUACGUGAAAACAUACCUGAAGCCAGAUGUGGACAAGAAAUCCAAACAUAAGACAGCGGUAAAGAAGAAAACCCUAAACCCAGAGUUCAACGAGGAAUUCUGUUAUGAGAUUAAGCACGGGGACCUGGCCAAGAAGACCCUGGAGAUCACCGUUUGGGAUUAUGACAUUGGAAAAUCCAACGAUUUCAUCGGUGAGAGGACACGAUGGGAAUGCUGUUUAGCAACAUGCCCAUCCUGGGUUCAGCAAAGGGCAGGGGCCCUGAAUCAGGCCACAGUCCCGCCUUCCUGGCCUUUGGGGAAAGUUGGGGCCAUAGACGUGAUCCAGCCUGACCCCAUGUGACAGAGAAAGAGGCCCAGAGAGAGAAAGAGGCCUGGCCGAGUCACACAGCAGUCUGUGGUGGAGCAGGGGUAAAAGGUGAUGAUGGUCAGCCCCUCAGGCUGGACUCUGAGCCCUUGUGGCCCCAAAUCUGUGGUGGGCUUGGUGGCUGUGCACAGUGGAGCUGCCCUAGCACCAACACAAGCCACUGUGCUGCCCCGCAGGUACUGCUCUGGUCCUGGGUAAAGGAAGAGCAGGAUCCCUGG